UCAUUUUGUUGUUGUUGUUGUGUGGCUUCUUUGGUACGGGAGGAAGAAGAAGAACAACUCAACUCAACUCAACUCAACUCAACUCAACUCAAUCUUGUUUAUUUUCUCUUUCCCUUUUUCCAUUCUUCUUCUUCGAUCUCUUCUCUCUCUUUUCAAUUUUCAUCAUCGGAACUAACUUCAAUACUUAAGUCAACACAGGUGGUUGGUUUAGUUUGCAAUCUCUGAUGCUGAAGAAAUAGCAAAGUUUGAAGGCUUUGCUAUUCUGCGAGUGAAAAAAUGUUGGACGGUGGCGCCAAGUUCCCCAUAGAUCUCAACAAGAAUAAUAACAACUUUUACGAUUUCUCCCAAGGCUUUUACCACAAGCUUGGUGAGGGUACCAAUAUGUCAAUCGACAGUGUCGGGAGCUUGCAAACAAGCAACGGUGGAGGAUCGGUUGCAAUGUCGAUUGAUAACAGCAGUGUUGGGUCCAAUGAUUCCCAUACCCGCAUGUUGGAUCAUCAAGGGUUGAAGAGGCGUGCCAAUGAUAACUAUUCUGUUGCACACAGCGCCAAUCGUCGGGGAAGAGUUACUCAUGCAUUGAGCGACGAUGCUUUAGCUCAAGCUCUGAUGGACAAUAAUUCUCCGACUGAGGGGCUUGAAAAUUUUGAAGAGUGGACAAUUGAUUUGAGGAAGCUAAAUAUGGGUGAGGCUUUUGCUCAAGGAGCUUUUGGGAAACUCUACAGAGGUACUUACAACGGGGAGGAUGUCGCUAUCAAAAUCUUGGAGAGACCUGAAAAUGAUACAUCAAAGGCUCAGUUGAUGGAACAGCAAUUUCAACAGGAGGUUAUGAUGCUGGCUACCCUGAAGCAUCCCAACAUAGUUCGUUUCAUAGGUGCAUGCCGUAAACCUAUGGUGUGGUGCAUUGUUACUGAGUAUGCUAAGGGUGGAUCUGUUCGGCAGUUCUUAACCAAGCGCCAAAACCGAUCAGUUCCCCUCAAACUAGCUGUCAAACAAGCUUUGGAUGUUGCAAGAGGCAUGGCAUAUGUUCAUGGUCUGGGAUUGAUCCACAGGGACUUGAAAUCCGACAACCUUUUGAUUUUUGGUGACAAGUCAAUCAAAAUUGCCGACUUUGGAGUAGCUCGGAUUGAGGUGCAAACUGAAGGAAUGACUCCCGAGACUGGAACAUACCGUUGGAUGGCUCCGGAGAUGAUCCAACAUAGGCCUUACACACAGAAAGUGGAUGUAUAUAGCUUUGGGAUUGUUCUCUGGGAGCUCAUCACUGGUAUGCUUCCAUUUCAGAACAUGACAGCAGUACAGGCAGCAUUUGCAGUUGUCAACAGAAAUGUCCGCCCAAUCUUGCCCAAUGAUUGUUUGCCUGUUCUCCGUGAAAUCAUGACUAGGUGCUGGGAUCCCAACCCCGAUGUUAGGCCACCAUUUGCUGAAAUUGUAGCAAUGCUUGAAAGUGCUGAGAUUGAGGUCAUGACAACAGUUCGGAAGGCCAGAUUCAGGUGCUGCAUAACCCAACCAAUGACAGCGGAGUGAUCCUGUUAAAAAGCAUAUGAAAAAGAAAGUUAUAAAACAUAGACUGGAAAAUAUGGGGGCAAGAUGAGACUCUGACUAUAUAAUAGCUUUGUUUAUUUGUGUGUUUUAUUUCUUUCUUCUGAAGGAAAAUUGAAAAUAUUAUCUGAAGACCUUUUUAUUUAUUUGGUUUCUGUUUACCGAACCGUCUUUUGAAUUAGUAAAGAGAUGAUGUAUGUUAUACUUGCAUGUAUUACAAUUAUGUAUAGCUUCUGAGGGCAAGAUGGAUUUAACAUCAUUGUCGAAAUCUUUUGUUAUGUA